UUUACUUCCGGUGUCUCGGGGUCAAAGGUUAGCCGUUGACGGAGGCACGCGAUUGGUCGACUGGCACUGUUAUGAAACUUCAUUGGACGGACGCACACACGCCUUUCGUCUCUCUGAAAGAUCACAACAGACGACAAGGUGAUCCAUGUGCAUCUGAAGUCAACAAGUAAGGAUGCUGACUGCACAGAGGGCAUGUGCGGCCAUGGCUGCCCGGCACCUGGUUCGAGCUUCUGUCUCCUCAGCGCACACACACCGCUCUCUGAUCCACACAUCCGUACCGUGUCAGGACCAGGCUGAGCUCCUCCCUGAGUGGGUCAGCCUGGCGAAGAAGCAGCUGAAGGGGAAGAACCCAGAAGAUCUGAUCUGGCGCACGCCUGAGGGGAUCAACAUCAAGCCUGUGUAUACCCAGGCAGACUCAGCUGGCAGGCCAGAUGAACUGCCAGGAGUGUUUCCGUACACUAGAGGGCCCUAUCCCACCAUGUACACCUACAGACCUUGGACUAUCAGGCAGUAUGCUGGCUUCAGCACCGUGGAGGAGAGCAACAAGUUUUAUAAAGAUAACAUUAAAGCCGGACAGCAGGGGCUCUCCGUGGCUUUCGACCUCCCGACGCACCGCGGCUACGACUCCGAUAACCCUCGAGUCCACGGCGAUGUGGGCAUGGCCGGGGUCGCUAUCGACACCGUUGAAGACAUGAAGAUGCUCUUCGAUGGAAUCCCGCUAGAGAAGAUGUCUGUGUCGAUGACGAUGAAUGGCGCCGUCAUACCCGUGCUGGCCAUGUUUAUCGUGACCGGAGAGGAGCAGGGCGUGUCGAAAGCCAAACUAACUGGCACGAUUCAGAACGAUAUUUUGAAGGAGUUCAUGGUGCGCAACACCUACAUUUUCCCCCCGGAACCUUCCAUGCACGCCAUUGCUGACAUCUUUGCUUAUACCUCCAAGAACAUGCCAAAGUUCAACUCCAUAUCCAUCAGCGGCUACCAUCUUCAGGAAGCUGGAGCUGACGCCAUCCUGGAAGUGGCCUACACCAUCGCUAACGGCUUGGAGUACUGCCGCACUGGUCUGAAAGCCGGCUUAACCAUCGACGAGUUUGCCCCGAGGUUGUCCUUCUUCUGGGGUAUUGGGAUGAAUUUCUACAUGGAAAUAGCCAAGCUGAGGGCAGCGAGGAAGCUGUGGGCCACGCUCAUCCAAGAGAACUUCCAGCCCAAAAAUGCCAAGUCUCUCCUCCUCCGCACUCACUGCCAGACCUCAGGCUGGUCUCUCACUGAACAAGAUCCGUACAACAAUGUGGUCCGCACAGUGAUUGAGGGCAUGGCAGCCGUGUUCGGGGGGACACAAUCCCUCCACACCAACUCCUUCGAUGAAGCUCUGGGAUUGCCCACGGUGAAGAGCGCUCGCAUUGCCAGGAACACCCAGAUCAUCAUCCAGGAAGAGUCGGGCAUCCCUAAAGUAGCCGACCCCUGGGGGGGCUCACACAUGAUGGAGGCUCUCACGGAUGACGUCUAUAACACAGCUCUGAAGUUCAUUAAAGACAUUGAAGAAAUGGGAGGCAUGGCGAGGGCCGUGGCGGAAGGCAUUCCAAAACUUCGUAUUGAAGAAUGUGCUGCUCGCAGACAGGCCCGCAUCGACUCAGGCGCAGAGGUCAUUGUUGGGGUGAACAAGUACCGCCUGGCCAAAGAGGAGACCGUGGAGGUGCUGGCUAUAGAUAACACCGUCGUACGCGAGAAACAGAUUGAAAAACUGAAGAGGGUGAGGCAGAGUCGUGACCCUGAUGUCGCGAAGAAGUGCCUGGCAGCCAUUGAGGAGUGUGCCAAAACCAGGGAGGGCAACCUUUUAGCCCUGGCUGUGGAGGCAGCACGAGCCAGAUGUUCGGUUGGUGAAAUAACUGAUGCCAUGAAGACGGUGUUUGGUGAACACAAGGCGAGUACUCGGAUGGUGAGCGGCGCCUACCGCAGCGAGUUCGGGGAGCAUGACGAGAUCGCCAUGACCCACAACAGAGUUGCAGAAUUUAAGAACCAAGAGGGCAGGAACCCUCGACUGCUGGUGGCAAAGAUGGGCCAGGACGGUCACGACAGAGGUGCCAAAGUCAUCGCCACAGGGUUUGCCGAUCUGGGCUUUGACGUGGACAUCGGGCCACUGUUUCAGACUCCUCUGGAGGUCGCCCAGCAGGCGGUGGACGCAGACGUUCACUGCGUCGGGGUCAGCACUCUCGCAGCAGGACACAAGACCCUGGUCCCAGAGCUCAUCAAGGAACUACGGAAGCUCAACAGGCCAGAUAUCCUGGUCAUCUGCGGAGGUGUCAUCCCACCACAGGACUACGAGUUCUUAUACCAGAGCGGCGUGUGCGCCAUCUUCGGCCCAGGAACGAGGAUCCCACAAGCCGCAGUGGAGGUGAUUGACAGCAUCGAGAAGAGCCUGGAAAAAAUCCGUCAGGCCAUGUGAAAAACAAAAUCUACAGCUUAAAAGAACAGUCGAUUUACGCUGUAUCCACAACAGAGUCACAAGUGGGAGCUCAGUGUGCAGAACCUCUUUGACCGGUUGCACAAGACUGUAAACGUAAUUCACACAUGUGAGAGAGCAGCAUGUACAGCAGUCAGAGUGAUUUAAAACCCGACGGGGUGUUGUGAUUGUAUCAAGGAUGCAUUCUCUGUAAAUCCACAGUUUCCCCCAUUUACAUUGUGAUUUGUUAAUUGUUGGUUUCACUCAUCACCUCCCCUGUUGAAUAAACAGUGAUUUAAUUGAGAACUUCAGCCUGUGAAGCAAUUAACUCUCACUCAUGAGUGACUUGCAGUGGAUACAGAGUUAUCAACAUCCGGCAAACAUCCUAGAUAAUUCCAGACUAUGUGUGAACCCUGACUCCUAAUACCUGAGAGCUUAAUAGGGAGUACUUCAGUAAUGAUGACAUAAAUGACACUACAUUAAGACUGUUACCCACAAUUAACAAUUAUUACAGUAAUAUAACAGAGUGUUAUGAUUUUUGCUUUGAAAUUUGUGUGUAGUUUUCAGUGUAGCGUCAGAGAGAGUAGAGGCAGAAAUUCACAUUGAAUCAAAGCUUUCCUGAACUGUUACCCCUGCAUCUCAUGUUCAUGGAUGUUAUCACCUUUAAAGUGGCCUUCUGUAGUCUCGAUCUCUCGCUUCGAUGCAUUUUGGGUAAUUCAACCAACUCGCGUCCCGAGAAAAAAUAUCGGAAGAAUCAUCGAAAUGUAUGAAAAGGUUGGUAAUAGUAUUUUUCUACUUGUGAUACUGAUUUAGAUUUCAUGCUGUUUGGUCUAAAUAAAGUAUGUGAACUUUGGAACGUGA